AUGGGAAUCAAAAAACAAACAAGCAAGCACUCACGAUCUAGAAAUGGAUGCUUGGAGUGUCGAAAGAGCAGAAAGGCAUGUGAUGAAAAGAAACCAACCUGUUCAAGAUGUCAAAGGCAAAAUGUCAAAUGUUUAUAUCAACUUUCAUUAAGAUUCAAAGAUGAUCUAGAGUUAAAAGGUGCCGUUUUUGGAAGAGAAGGUGUUUGGUCCAAAAACAAAUCUCUUGCUAAAAAGACAAACGAUCUGAGUGAUAUUGCAGCUGGUCAUAAGCAUUUGCACCAUUAUGUUUAUCCUGGAAGGCUAUAUUUUAUCAAUGUCACUUCAGAUAAUCUUAUUUCAUCACCCAGAUUGCUAGGGUCAAUCUAUCCAAAGGGUAAUCCUUUAUUUAUAGAUGCUGAUGGUAGCUCAAACUUUGCUCUAUCAUUUUAUAUUCAACGUGUUUCACCAAUUUUCAACCCUAUAAAAUCACUUAAUGCUAAUGGUCUAGAUUUUAGUACAUUGAUUCAAUUUUCACAUAAUGGGGCUAAUCAUGUGUUGACGAUGUUGCUGGCAAUUGGAUCAUCAUAUCUAAUACGACAGGAUAACGAUUACUGGAGAAGGAAAGCGGUAUAUUACAAGCAAUUAGCAAUGCAGGAGAUUAAAGAAAGGUUGAAAUGUUGCACAUCUGAUGUUAUGAAUUAUGAAUUACUGUUGUCAUCUUUACUUUUGUGUCUUUAUGAUUUGGCAAAUGAUUGUAAUGAUGAUUGGGAUAAACAUAUAAUAAUGGCUAAAUGGCUGCUAAAUCAUUUCAGUUUCAGUUCUGAAAAUGAUGUUGAAUUCAAAAUCUUACAGUUCACUAGUGAUUUUUUUGGUUAUCAAGAAGCAAUGGGGAGAACUGCAUGUCGAAAGUUGAGUGUUUUCAACUCUGAAGAUUGGGAACAAGAUAGUUCGUUAAUCUCAUGGAUGGGUUGUAAUAGGAAACUGAUUAGCACCAUUUCAGAUAUCACAGAUUUGUCAUAUGAAAGAACCUCAAUGAAUCCUCAAGAUUUUCAUAUUUUGACUGAUAGGAUUGAAAAUUCGCUAGAUGAACAAUUAUUAACAUCUCAGAUUUCAAACGAUGAAACAAGUUGCUUUUUAUUAGGUUGUGAGUGUAAGAAACUUGCAACAAAAAUUUAUUUACAUUGUUCUUUGCUGAACAAGACACCCAAAGAUCACAUGAUUGUUGAACUUGUAUCGAACCUGGCAAAUUUUUUGGAAUUUAUCAUAAUUGAAAAUAAUUUCUGUUGGUCUUUUUUAAUAUGGCCCACUUUCAUCAUGGCUACUCAAAUUGAUUCCUUAAGCUCAAAUUGUGAAGAGCUGAGAGCGUUAACACUUGACCUUUUCAAUUACCUUGAAUUCAAUUCAUUGGGGAAUGUUAAUAAAUCAAGAGAGAUUAUCUUGAAUAUAUGGAACAAGAGAGAUUUGGAUGCUCCCGUUUCAAAGGAAUAUGAAAAUGAUUGGGAUAUUUACGUUGCCGAUAAAGAUCUAAAUAUAUCAUUAGCUUAA